AUGCUGCCCAGCGGCGUCGGCGUCAGCGCCAGUUAUGAGGCAGGAGCCGGCGGGACAGCGAGACCGAGACGUUCGACGUCGGAGGCUGCAGCACGGUCAAAAGCCAAAUUCAGCGUCGCAGCACAGCACAGCAGCACAGCGGGAUCGCCGUCCGCGCCACGCGCGAUGCCACCAGCAUGCGCGACGGAUCGUUCGACGGGAUCGCGCGCGUGCGACGGGGUCGCGGCGUGGCGGGGGACUGGAGACCUGGGGAGGGUCCGUGGCCAGGUCUGUGAGGGCGCGGGUGCGGGGCAGUGGGAUCGCAAGGCGGAGGCAGUUGGGGAGGGCCCCGCUGGCUGGCGAGGGCAGGGGCCAAUGGGCAGGGUGCCGCGAUCGAGCAGGGGCGGGGUCGGGAAGUGCCGCGGCUGGGCUGGAUGUGUCAGCGGAGGUGCGUCGGCCGCGGGGAGAGGACCGUCGGCAGGGGUGCGGCGGUGGGACGGGUCGGUCGAGGAGAGCGAUCGGGAGGCGGGUCGACUGCUGGAUCGAAGCGGAGGGGUGGCGCGAUCGAACGGGUUCGUUCGAGGGGAUCGCGACGCUUGA